AUGCUUCAAGAAGCUGACAUUGGUGUAGGAAUAAGCGGCGUUGAAGGAAUGCAAGCAGUGAUGUCUAGCGAUAUCGCCAUUGCUCAAUUCAGAUAUUUAGAGCGGUUAUUGCUAGUUCAUGGCCAUUGGUGUUACAGCAGAAUCUCAUCCAUGAUAUGUUACUUCUUCUACAAGAAUAUCACUUUCGGUGUCACGAUAUUCUUAUAUGAAGCUUAUACUUCCUUCUCUGCACAACCUGCCUACAACGACUGGUUCCUCUCUCUUUUCAACGUUUUUUUCUCUUCUCUCCCCGUUAUUGCCGUUGGAGUAUUUGAUCAAGACGUCUCAGCUCGCUUCUGUUACAAGUUUCCGUUGCUAUACCAAGAAGGUGUGCAAAACAUUCUCUUCAGCUGGAAACGGAUCAUAGGAUGGAUGUUCAACGGAGUCAUAAGUGCCCUUGCCAUUUUCUUCCUAUGCAAGGAAUCUCUAAAACAUCAGCUAUUCGACCCAAACGGCAAAACCGCAGGCUGGGAAGUCCUGGGAGGAACAAUGUACACUUGCAUGGUAUGGGUAGUCAAUCUCCAAUUGGCUUUAUCAAUAAGUUACUUCACAUGGGUCCAACACAUUGUGAUUUGGGGAUCAAUUGCUCUUUGGUACAUCUUCCUCAUGAUAUAUGGAGCUAUGUCCCCAAGUUUCUCUACCGAUGCUUACAUGGUCUUCCUCGAAGCCCUAGCUCCUGCUCCUUCGUAUUGGCUCACCACUUUAUUUGUGAUGAUAUUCUCUUUGAUCCCUUACUUCAUCUACAAGUCAGUGAAAAUGAGGUUUUUCCCUGUAUACCAUCAAAUGAUUCAGUGGAUUCGGUACGAGGGUCACUCUAAUGAUGCUGAGUUCGUAGAGAUGGUGAGGCAGAGGUCGAUUAGACCCACCACUGUCGGAUACACGGCGAGAAGAGCUGCUAGUGUACGGAGAGAAGAUAGGUUUUAUGAUCAAAUCCAUACAGAUCUUGUUGCUUUCUGAAGAGUAUAGAAUUAGUUCUAAUGUAAAUAUAUAUACAUCUCUAGUGUAGAGAUUAGCGCUUCUUUUAUUGAGAUUCCUUGUCAGAAAAGGCAUCUGUAAUUAUACUUCACACACGGAAAUAUUUUGUAGAUAGUUUUUGUGGAUAGUUAAUAAUCUUUAGCUAGAUCUAUGACUAUUUUUGUCU